UCUCUCUUCAGUUUUUCCCCUUUAUAUAUAAUGGCCUUACAGGGUCAAACCCACCAACACCAACCCUCUCACCAAGAUCAUUUUGAUGGUUUUAGUGUUAUUAGUCAUGCUUCAACCCUAGCAAUUUCAGUUACUACUAAUACUACUCUUGAUCUCUUUCAUACUACUAACCCUUCUUCUUCUUCUUCUUCUUCAUAUAUUGAACUAGAAGAACCCUCUCCUUUGCCUUUAGGUUGCCAGAAGUUCCUUGAUCUUAAGACAGGUGAAAUAUACUACACAAAGAACAAAAACAAGAUGAAUAGAAGAAACGGUAAUGGAGGACCAAAGCUUGAGUUGAAGCUGAAUUUAUCACCUCCAAGGGAUAAUCCGAGAGUGGAGUCGCCAACGCGAUCAGCAACGGUUUCACCAACAUCACCACCAAGUUCAUGUGUAUCAUCAGAGCUUAACCAAGAAGAUGCUCUGCGAUACACAAAUAGCCCUGAAGCUACUUCAAUGGUCCUUGUUGGAUGUCCUAGGUGCCUCAUGUAUGUUAUGCUGUCUGAAAAUGACCCUAAAUGCCCCAAGUGCAAGAGUACUGUGUUGCUCGAUUUUCUCCAUGACAAUACUACCCAAACAAGGAACAAUUGAAACAAAGAAAAACGAAAAAAGGAAAAACAGAGUAGGGUUCCUUGUUCUGAUUGUGCAACCAUUAGGAUUAAUAGGCUCUCUAUAUCUUGCUUCUUUUUUUUUUGUAUCUAAAAUAGUGCUAUCUGGGCUCCAUUUUCUUUUUUAUGGGUGGAGGUUUAAAAUUGGUACGAAUGUAGGGAAAGAGAAAGUUAGGAAAAUAAAAAAGUUGGAGCCUGAAUAGUACUAUUUCUUUUUUUCUUUUUUC